AUGCCAGAAAAUUUAGUUGUUUCAACAUCAUGUGGUCUAGUUCGCGGGAAAAUCCAAAAGGACUAUCACGGAGGAACGUUUUAUAGUUUUAGCGGAAUACCAUACGCCAAAGCACCUGUCGGAGAACUUAGAUUUAAGGCUCCUAAACCAGCAGAGCCAUGGCAGGGAACAUGGGAUGGAACCAAAGAAGGUUGGGAAAGUCCAUCGGUACUAAUACCUACGACCUUUCCACUGGGUAAAGAAGAUAAUUGUCUACACGUAAACGUAUAUACAAAGAAGAUAAACAGUAGCAAUAACGUCAAGCCGGUUAUGGUUUACUUCCAUGGAGGUUCCUAUUUUUAUGGAAGCAAUAGAAGUUAUUUGUAUGGUCCUGAUAAUUUAAUGAUUGAAGAUAUAGUGCUUGUAGUAGUUAAUUUCAGACUAGGAAUUUUAGGCUUUCUUAGUUUGAAUGAUCCAUCCCUCGAGAUUCCCGGCAAUGCUGGACUAAAAGAUCAAGUUUUGGCACUAAAAUGGAUUCAAAAGAAUAUCCAUAAUUUUGGAGGAGAUCCCAAUAACGUAACAAUUUUUGGAGAAAGUGCUGGCAGCUCUUCCGUUCAUCUAUUAGUUUUAUCACCACUCACAAAAGGACUUUUUCAUAAAGCUAUUAUGCAAAGUGGUUGUGCAUUAAACCCUUGGGCAAUGGGUAGAAGAAAUGCUAAGGAAGUUGCCAAACUUAUGGGGUAUAAUGCAGAUAUGGAUGAAAAAACAUUUUUAGAAAAGUUCCGCAAAGUCAGUGCAAGAUCGAUAGUAAAAGCUCAAUUUAAAAUGGUAGAUCCGUUCUUCGCUAGUGUAAUUCGACCUUUUGGACCUGUAAUCGAAUAUCCACAUGAUGGAGCCUUUCUAACUGAAGAUCCCGAAGAAAUAAUGAAAUCUGGAAAAUUCAACCAAAUACCAAUGAUCAUUGGGUAUACUUCAAAUGAAGGUUUGUUAUUUGAAACUUUAAGAAAAUGUCGAUCCGAGGUAUACUUGCCUAAAAAUUUGGAAAUGGAUAUUCCGGCUUUUUUAAAUAUACCAGAAAAAAGUGAUAAAGCUAAAGAAAUGGCUCAAAAAAUAGAAAAAUAUUAUUACAGAGGUGAAAGCAUAUCGGAAGAUAACAUUCAAAUCCGUUACACUUUGUUUGGUGACAUCAUCUUUCUCCAGGGUAUUCAGAAAACCAUUCGCCUCUUUAAAAAACACAGCUCAGCUCCGAUUUAUGUAUAUAAGAUGACCGUAACUAGCUCAUUGAACUUUUUAAAAGAAUUUUCUCAAGCUACCUUUCAUAACACUUUAGUAGUUUUUACUUCUAUUAACUACUGGUUGAGAAUACUUCCCUUUAAUCCUUUCCAUAAAAUUUUGUUCAGUAUAAGAAAUAAUCUACCAAAAAAAGCACUAGAGGGCGCAGCCCAUGGAGAUGAUGUAUUUUACCUGUUUAGUAGUAUGUUAGCUUACGAUACGGAAAAAGGCACCAAAGAAGAUUUUUAUAUUCACCGGUUUGUUAAACUCUGGACAAAUUUUGCUAAAUAUGCCGAUCCUAUACCAACGACAAGUGAUUUUUUUAAUAAUAUAAAAUGGAAUCAAGUUUCUGAUGAAAAUAUAGAUAAUAUCUUUGAGAUAGGAACUGAAUUAAGAGAGACUAAAAAUUUGGAUAGAGAAAGAAUUUUAUUUUUGGAAAAACUUUAUGAAGAAUAUGCUUCGUAG